UUUCCCAUUUCCCUAACUUCUAACCCUAGACACAAAAUAACACACACACACACACACAAAUUCAGCCGCCUCCCCCCUCUCAGUUGCGAUUUCUCCCUCUUCUCUCCUCGACGCACGCAAAAGUCUCACCAAGCCACCAUGCUUCUCUGACCGGUGACAUUCCUCAUCUCUAGAGGAAAAUCAUUCACCAAAGAGAUUCUCAGACCAUCAUUGGCACAUCCUACCGUCGAAUCUUAGGUGCAACCCUACCUACCGUCGACUCUUACUUCUCACCCUCAGGUCUUAACCUUAUUUGUUUUGUACUGAAAAUAAUGAUUAAAUUUUGUAAUAAUAAUAUUUUUGAUAUUGAAUCUGUGAUAUUGUUAAUUUUAGUAUUAAAUCCGUGAUAAUGCUAUUCUUUACAUUGAAUCUGUGAGAUGAUAUUUUUUAUUUUGAACUAGAUUAUCUGGUGGUAGGGACCCCUAUGUUGACGUCCUUCAACAAAGCUUUCCAAAAAAAAAAAGGGAAUCAUCCUAAACACACAGCAUUUUCCUGGAGAAUGUCAGAAAUCAAGGCAGUGGUUGGCCUAUCAUGGGAACCAAAGUUGCCCAAUUUGUCAUCUGCAAAGGGCUUUGCUUCUAAUGCUACAACAACUCAUAAAAAUCAGCCUGAAAGCAGUGUAGUUUGGAAACCCAGUUCAGAGCUUGUUGAUGGGCUUUUUGUUCCACCAAAUGACCCUAAGAAGUUAAACAGGAUACUCAGAAAACAAAUCAAAGAUACUGCUGGGCAUAAUUGGUUUGACAUGCCCGCACCAACCAUCACCCCUGAGCUCCAAAAAGAUCUUCAAUUGCUUAAGUUGAGGAAUGUGAUGGAUCCAAAAAGGCAUUACAAGAAGGGUGAAUCAAAGUCAAACAAGUAUUUCCAGGUGGGAACAAUCAUAGAGUCUCCACUAGAUUUCUUUGAUGGUAGAUUAACAAAGAAAGAAAGGAAGACAUCUCUUGCAGCCGAGCUGCUCUCUGAUCGCACUCUUGGAGCUUACAGGAAGCGCAAGGUUCGCGAAAUAGAAGAGAAAAAUCAACCUGGCGGGAAUAAUAAAUGGAAGAUAAAAGGAAAACACCCGAAAAACCGAGCAAACCAAAGAAGACAUUGAUUUUUAUUUUUCUUCUUUCUUUGUAAACUGAUUCCAUUAUUGAAGAUGCAACUAAACUGUGUGUGUCUAUGUUUCAGGUUUAGAUUUUAGAUCACCAAAGUUCCAACAUUUUUGUUCUGAUGAAAAUGUAAUAUUAUAAUGUUAACUAAGCUAAUAGUAUUAGUUGUUCCUUUCAAGUAAAAGUAUGAUAUAGUUAUCAUGCAUUAUAUUAUAUGAGAUAAAAUGACUUGUAGUUUUGUUAA